UUUUUCCCUUCAUAUUUUCUUGUAUGCUAAUUAUUAUUAAAUGGAGUGGUAAAAUUUCGCAAAAAAUUGUGCAAGUAUUCGUAUUGUAAAAAACGGAAGUGGACAUUUUAAGAAAAGUUAUCGGUGUUUUAGGUCUCGAUUAUUCCGACUUAGUUUUGGCAUAUAAGCAAUCUAUCUCUGAAACACUUGUUAUAUUUUCCUGCUUGCUUCGAAAACCAAAACGCAAAAUAUUUUGAUUAUUCUCGCAAAACAAAUUGUCAAACUCAAGUGAAGUUUUUUCAUAGCGUAGGAAGCAGAAAUCUAGAGUUUUAUCGUCUUGUGGCAUUACAGUUAUCUACGUUUCAUGAGCUCGAAUCCAAGCAGCAGUCAAAAGUAGUUAAUCAGAAUCAACUAUGGCAUCAACCGUUGAACACAAUUCGUCCCAUCCGUUACCGACGGCACCCACCAUGGAGGAUCUGAACUCAGCAUCGACCUCAGCAGGCCUCGACAGUGCAUUCUCCUCAUCCUCUGAUGGUAGCAAUUCAAAAACGGAGCAGGCGACGAUGGGAGUGGAUAGCAGUGACAGUGGCAGUAGCACCAAUAAAACUGGCAAAUCAAAGGUCAAUCUUGGAAAUGAAGACGAAGAAAAGAAGGACGAUUCCGUGUUUGAGUGCAACAUCUGCUUGGACACGGCCAAGGAUGCGGUGGUGAGCAUGUGUGGCCAUCUGUUUUGCUGGCCAUGCAUACACCAGUGGAUGAAUGGUUACCGCAAUACGUGCCCCGUUUGUAAAUCGUCGAUUAGCAAGGAAAAAGUUAUUCCCCUUUAUGGACGAGGAGGAAGCAAGGAGGACCCCAGAAAAACUGUCCCACCUCGGCCGGCAGGUCAACGUACGGAACCCGAACAACCGCAAGGGUUUCAGGGCUUCACCGGUGAUGGCGGUUUCCAUAUGUCAUUCGGAAUAGGAGCAUUUCCAUUCGGGUUCUUCACAUCGACACUGAACUUCGGAGAUUUCCGUGGCAAUCCACCGCACGAGAAUACACGCGAUUACGACGAGGAUCAGUUCUUGUCGCAAAUUUUUCUUUACGUUGCUCUUAUAUUUAUGGCAUGGUUAAUAUUGGCUUAAACUAGGGAUACACUUUGUCGCUUGAAAGGAUGUGUUGUGAUAAUGAAACAAGGAAAUAUAUUUUACGAAGCAAUGGAAGCAAAAAGUUUUAAUAUGAAAUAAACCUCAUGUGUCUGUCGGAAUAAAUAUUAAACAAAAACUAUUUAUGCACUCGGGUAUUAGAAGCUUUUGUGGAACUUGUGUUUACAAUAAUGUAACUGACAUUGAAAAGGCAUGUUUGGUGUUGUUUAUCAGUUGUAUAUAGUUUAUAUACCGCCUGUACAUUUUCGUAAGACAUCUAUCUACUAUCAUAAAAUUAGUAGUAGCAACUAUGCGAUUGUGGACUAAGCCUACUUUUUUGAAUUAUUUUAAUUACAACAGAACAUGCUGUAUAAAGCAGAUUUAACAUUAAGAAUCUUACGCAACCGUUGUGAUUUGUAUUGAAAACCGAACCGAAUAGAUGAUGUUCAUUGCUGUAAUCAGUUCAAUAUUUCGACGAUUUCCGUUACGUCGCGAAGAAAUAAAAUUGCAAUCAAUAGUA